AUGGAGUUAACCAAUGUGACUGCAAUUGAGGAAUUCAUUUUGCUGGGCUUUGAAAUCGGGGAGCAGAAACGGUUCCUCCUGCUCAUCUUUUUCACCAUCCUUUACAUGCUCACUUUGCUGGAGAACACAACCAUCAUCACACUGGUGUUUCUGGAUGCCCAUUUGGCUCAGCAGCCCAUGUACAUACUUCUGGGAAACUUCUCCUGGCUGGAGAUGUGCUACAUGAGUGCCACCGUGCCUCGUAUGCUCUUCGACUUGGCUUCCUCUGGUGGGAGCAUCUCCUUCUCUGACUGCUUCCUCCAGUUCUACAUCUUCUUCUCUCUUGGUGCUACCGAGUGCUUCUUCCUUUCAGCUAUGGCUUUCGACCGAUACGUGGCCAUCUGCCAUUCUUUGCACUACCCACAGAUCAUGUCCCCAAAAGCCUGCUCCCUCCUGGUGUCUGCUUGUUGGCUUCUUGGCUUCUUGUGGUACCCAAUCCCUGUGGUUUUGAUCUUCAACUUGUCCUUCUGUGGUCCUAAUAUCAUCAACCACUUCUUGUGUGAUCCUGGUCCAAUCCUUUCCUUGGCCUGCCCUCCACUAGGAAAUGUUCCUCUUCUCUGCCAGAUAUUUAUGGAUACUCUUGUUUUAGGCAAUGUCUUCCUUGUAGUACUCUCCUACUCUGGUGUGGUUUUCACCCUCGUGAGGGGCUCUUACCAAGGCAGCCGUUGGAAGGCCUUCUCUACCAUAUCUUUCCACCUUGUGGUGGUCACUCUUUUCUAUGGCUCAGUGGCAGGGAUGUACUUAGCCCCAAGUGGAGAAAGUCAGGCGGAGAUCACUAAGGUAGUGACCCUCUUUUAUACUGCCAUUACACCUUUUCUCAAUCCCAUUAUCUAUUGCCUGAGGAAUGAUCAGGUGAAAAAGGCAUUGACCAGGUUUUUGAGGAAACAGGUCAGGCUUCCAAGAAGAAAGAAUUGCCAUGUGUCACAGGACUCUGUCUUGUCCUAA